CCCUUCGCCAUGCACCCGCGGCGCCCCGAGGGCUUUGACGGCCUGGGCUACCGUGGUGGCGGUCGGGAGCAGUCUGGUCCCGGCCCCAGGCCCUUCGGCAGUGCCUCGGAGCUGGGCCACUGGGUGACCAGUCCGCCCGACAUCCCUGGCAGCCGCAACCUGCACUGGGGCGAGAAGACCCCGCCGUAUGGGACGGGGACCCCAUUGGGGGGCGCCGGCCUCAACGAGGAGCCCAACCUCGGGCCGGGAGGCCCUGGCGCCGAUCAGCUGAACAGGUUUGCAGGCUUUGGUAUUGGCCUAGCAAGUUUAUUUACAGAAAAUGUGUUGGCACAUCCUUGCAUUGUUCUACGUCGCCAGUGUCAGGUUAACUAUCAUGCUCGGAAUUAUCAUCUCACUCCCUUUACUAUUGUCAAUAUUAUGUACAGCAUCAAUAAGACACAGGGUCCAAGAGCCCUCUGGAAAGGAAUGGGCAGCACUUUCAUUGUUCAGGGCAUAACCCUGGGAACAGAAGGCAUCAUCAGUGAAUUUACACCUUUGCCAAGGGAGCUUUCACAUAAAUGGAACCUCAAGCAGAUAGGUGGACACCUUCUACUCAAAGGUUUAACACAUGUGGUAGCAAUGCCUUUUUAUUCUGCAAGCCUGAUUGAAACUGUACAGAGUGAAAUAAUUCGAGAUAAUCCUGGCAUCCUGGACUGCGUGAAAGAAGGAAUUGGCAGAGUUGUAGGCAUGGGAGUACCCCAUAGCAAGCGUCUUCUUCCUCUGAUGGUCCUGACUUUUCCGACUGUUCUACACGGGGUUCUUCACUAUGUCAUCAGUUCCAUCAUCCAGAAGCUUGUUUUGUUUGUUCUGAAAAGGGGUAAUUCCCACAACCUUCCACCUGAGGGCUCUACUUCCAUUCAGAGCAUGCUGGAUGCUUAUUUUCCAGAACUUAUUGCUAGCUUUGCAGCUAGCCUUUGUGCUGAUGUCAUGCUUUAUCCACUGGAGACAGUUUUACACCGCCUUCAUAUUCAAGGGACACGCACAAUAAUUGACAAUACAGACCUUGGCUAUGAAGUGCUUCCCAUCAAUACUCAGUAUGAGGGAAUGAGAGACUGCAUAAAUACUAUAAAACGGGAAGAAGGAAUGCUAGGUUUUUAUAAAGGAUUUGGAGCUGUUGUGGUACAGUAUACAUUGCAUGUGGCAGUUUUACAGCUUACCAAAAUAAUUUACUCAACACUGCUUCAGAAUGUUUCUUAAUCUGUUCUGGUGUGGAUUUAGCACAGUGGGUUUAGGUUAGAGACUUACUAACCUAACUGUUGUUUAAAAUGGCAUAGAAAAUUAAGUUUGGAGAAUCCAUUCUGUGGAUGCUCCUUGCACUGUAAAGGAACUUGUUUUAAAAAUGGGGAUAUAGAUUCCUAAGUGUAAUUAAAAAAGUACAGUUUAAGUUCCACAUUAUAGGCACAAAUUUUAUAUAUAAUGUGCAGUCAUUACAGAAGGGGAUAGAUUUCAAAUAUGGCUGGAGUGAGGAUUUACCUUUCCUCUUACUGGUUAACUGAAUUAAGGAAUGGAUUAUUAUGAAUUCUUAGUAUAUGCUUUAUAAACAUCACAACUGAUACUUAAUUUGAACUGCUUGCCAGUUCAAAUGGUCUUGUUCUCAUAUGUUAUAAGAACUUUCAAGUCAGAGACUGAUGGGUUUACUGGUCUUUUAAAUAUGUUUUCAACUUCACAGUUAAUGGCGCUGUAAGCAAAAUAGAAACUGUAAAAGUAACUUACACAUAAAUGUCUUGUACAGAUCUGUGAAUUAUUACAUGUUAUUUUGCUGCAGUGUGGCAGAAGAUGAUGAAGAGGAAUCUUUUGCUUUGUACAAAAUAACAAAAACUUCGGUUUGGGCAAAGUUGCAGAGAACACAAAUUUGGCUGUCCUGCAGUUUGUUUGUAAGGCUUACAGUAACUAAAGUGUGUGAAUAAAGCAAAUUAGAAGCUGAUGUGUGCAUAAGUGCCGCUUUUAGUCAACUUUACACUUACAAUUUCAGGGUUUAGUUUUACUCUGCUACUUUGUUUAAGAGUAGAAUAUUCAUACAAAUGGAUGUACUGUCAGUGCUCAGAGUGUAUAGAAAGUGUACAAAAAUAAUUGGCUAUUUGUUGAGUUUCUCUUUUUUAAGUUCACAAAUUUGUGCACCAUUAUCUAUUUGUUAUUUGGCACUGAUGUAUUUCCUUCUAAAGUCUCUGCUGAAUUGUUAUUUGUGGAGCAGAAAUAAGUCUUUUUAUGUACAAGUGGACAACUGAAAUGUACAAUUUUUGCUCUCCUCCCCUAGUACAUCAAGACUUCCAGUCUGAAAAUUAUUUCUUACCUUUCGGAAUAAUUUAGUCCUUGUUUUCAUCAGUAGAUACCUUGAAAGUUGGGGGAGGGGAAAAUGUUUUUUAGUGAAUAAAUCUAGCAGGUGGAGAGUCACUUUUAAAUUGUAUGAGAGGCUGCUGCCUUUUUCACACUUUCAUGUUCCAAGUCUGUCUUUGUGAAUAGUGUAAAUUGAUGUGCAUUAUAAUCAUUGUAUAGUAGUUAUCACUUGUGGAAACAGUCAUGGCAAACAUAAAAGGUGUUGCUGUUUGUAAGUGACUAAAUCGCGUUCAGCUCUACAUUAUUAUUAUAACUUCCAUGUAUUUUAAAUGCAGAAGUGUUGGAAAGUAUAGUGGAAGUAUAAUUGGGAACUGGUUCAUUUGAAAUAUUGUUAAUUGCAAAUUUAGUGUAUAUAAUGGAAGCAAUUAAAUAAAAUGAAAAUUCACUGUAAA